AUGCUAUUGUUCUUGGUCGCAUUCGUAAUAGGGGGCACUGGAGCUCUUCUGGCUGAAGAUUAUGAAGGGCUUGGCGAGGAAUUCAACGACGUAAAGGAUGUGCUGAAGAAGAUGAAGGGCCCGAUUCCUGACCCUUUCCAGAACAUCUACCCCUCUUGGACACCGACCCCUGUGGACAUCAGGGACUCCGGUCCCCCGCUCAUCCUGUCCGAUCUGGAGCCAGGGGUAGCUCGCUCGGCGGCCAAGGUGACCGGACCUCUCGGCGAAGUGGAAGGUUACUCAGGAUUCGUCACGGUCGAACCGAAAUAUAAUUCUAGUCUUUACUUUUGGUAUUUUCCGUCAAAGAAAGGUGCGGAAAAUUCACCUCUAAUCCUUUGGCUACAAGGAGGCCCUGGUGCCAGCUCGCUGUUCGGGAUGUUCACCGAGAUAGGACCUUAUGAAGUUGUCGGUGAAAAAUUGCAGAAAAGGAAGAUAUCCUGGCAUGAAGACUAUUCCUUACUGUUCAUAGAUAGUCCUGUAGGCACUGGUUUUAGCUUUACCGAUGAUGAAGAUGGCUACAGGACAAACCAGAAGGAUGUAGCUAAAGACCUCCAUACAGCUCUUCAACAAUUUUUCAGAAUAUUUCAAGAGCUCAGGUCGAGACCUUUUUUCAUCACUGGAGAGUCAUAUGCAGGAAAGCACAUUCCCUCUUUGGCACUUGAGAUUCAUCUGCGAAACCAAGAAAUGAAGAACGAAAUUAAUCUAAAAGGAUUUGCCAUUGGUAACCCAUUCAUAAAUCCACCCGAAAACUUACAGUUCUCCCAGUUCUGCUAUCCAUUAGGCCUAUGUGACACUCCUACUAGAAGAACCAUGCUAAGGAUGGAAAAGGCAACAGAAUACCUACUAAAACAAGAAAACUUUGUGCAAGCACAUGGGCUCAUGUCAAUGAACCUGCAUCUCUUAAUGACUAAUUCAAACUUCACCAACAUUUACAACAUCCUUCACCCACAUGAGAACACCCUCUCUGCCGAUUUCGUGGAAUACGUGCAAUCUGCGGAGGCCAGAACAUCACUUCAUGUUGGAGAUGCUGAAUAUUCGGGCAUCCUACCAGUGUACCGUCGACUGAUUCCAGACUUCAUGAAAUCUGGGCUGGAAUUCUUGAACCCUCUCCUGGGACAGUACCCAAUCCUGCUCUACUCCGGACACAUGGACAUCAUCGUCUGGUACGGCUUCACCAGGCAGGUGGUGGAGUCCCUUUCCGGACCUUGCCCGCACAGAUCGUGGAUGGUGGACGGUAAGUUCGCGGGGUACCGGCACAAGUGCGGGCACUUGGAGUUCGCCCUUGUCCACGCAGCGGGCCACAUGGUUCCCACUGACAGGCCCGAAGCGGCGAAGGAUCUCAUUGACGACUUCAUAUCCAGGGCACUUAACCAGUAAUGGCCAUCGCAUUGCGAAUUAGGACUUAACUACACAUAUUUUCUUGUAACCAUAGGUCUAUUCCAGGUAAUUCAAAGUCCAUUUCCCCAUAUACUAAGGGCAAAACAACUAUAUAUAUCGUAAACAUAGGCCUAUUCCAGGUAGUUCCAAGUCAAUUGUGAAUUUAAAAAUAAUAAUUUCAUUAAUUAAUUACUGUAAAAACCUUUUUUUUAUUUCCUAUAAAUAAAAUGAAUAAUUCUCAAAUAAAGAUAUUUUUUUAAAUAGAAAAA